AUGUUUGUUUGUGUUACUCUAACACUUUCGAGCAUUGAAGUAGAUUAUGCCAAUUCUGAAGCAACUGACAUGGAGUGGGAGGAAGGGCAGUUUUCCCUUGCAGUGCUGUAUGAUGAUGAUGAUGAUGAUGAAUCUAGUUCAAAUGCUGGGUUUUCAUCAAUUCAAGAUGGUGAUAUGCAUGAAGCACCUGUGAUCAAGUCUGAUGCCAUUGUUACCGACUGCAAUGACAUCAUUCAUGAUUACUAUGAAGAUUCAUUUGAAGAAGACAGUGAACUAUCAGAGACAGAAAUAGAGAUAUCUUCAUCUUCAAUACAAGAGCCAACUGAGGACCUAACAGCAACCAGUGAGGAAGUUCAAGAGAAAACCAGAGUUUUUGAAGCAGAGGAUCAUGAAAUGGAGUCCCAUCUUGGAGAUGUUGAAAGCCACUACACUGCUGCUUGUGAGACGAAUGAAGCUUCAAAUAGCCAACCAAGGAAUGAAUUUCAAGAUAAUGGAACAACUAUGUCGACAAGUAACCACAUUUCCAAUGCUGCUCAGGAUAUCAGCACAACAUAUGAAGCUGAAACAAACGCAGAGAAAGAGGAUUCAGAAACAGAUAAAAGUGUUGUCACUGUUGUUUCUGGAAGAGGUAUUGUUGAUGAAAACACUUUUGUUGACAGUAAAGAUAACCUGGCCAAUGGGGAGUACACGGAUAAUGCUAAAGCUGAAUAUGACUAUCAUAUCUUCACAGGGAAGGAUCAAAGUGAAUUUAAGAAGGAAAAGAUCUCAAGUUCCAGUGAAGGUGAGGAUCAGAGUGAUCUAAAGCUGAAGCAAAUAGAUGUAGCAGAAAACAGUGGCGGAGACAUUGAUAGAAUGGAAGUGGACAACACUUCAGAGCCAGAAGCAGCAGAAACUUUCCUCAUGGCCAAUAGUAGCAUCAGUCCAGGGAUGAAGAGAAAGUUUUCCCAUCAAGAAAGCAAUUCGGAUGAAGAACUGCAAUACACAAACUGGAAAUGGAAAAUCAAUUGCAAGAGAAGUAUCAAGGAUGAGGAAGAACAAUGGAAAUAUAAUCAAAGAAAACCCAAUUACCUGCCAUUGGUUCCUGGCCCUGAAGCAGAGAAGGUUGACUUGAGGCAUCAGAUAAUAGAUGAAAAGAAAAAUGCAGAGGAAUGGAUGCUCGACUUUGCAAUCCAACAAGCUGUAACUAAACUUGCUCCAGCUAGGAAGAAGAAGGUGGCAUUGCUUGUUGAAGCUUUUGAGAAAGUCAUGCCAGUGCCGCAAUAUGAACCCCGUUUGAAGCAUUCUUCAGCAGCCUUCAGUCAUGCAAGACCUAUGCAAGCUUGUAGCUGAUGAUAGUCGCUGAGGAGGAAAUUUCAGAGUGCUAUAUCUACAAAAAGUCAAUGAAGUAGGAGGUAUCCACAGGUCCAGAGAAACAACUAUCAUUUCUCAGUUCCUAUCUGAAUUUAUAGAGGAAAACCAUCAUGCAAUGAUGGGAUUCGACAUUUGGAAUCGAUUCUGAGAUGUGGGUGUAGUAGUAUAGCUUGCACAAUAAUUUAUGUAAUGCCAGUUUAACAUUAUAAUGGUGUUGAACAGAUGUUAUCAAGCAAUCUUUUGCUGUUGUAAGGGUGCACUUAUCUCCCAGACAUUGUACUAUUGCUUGCUUGAUAAGUCAAGUG